UCCAGGGCUGGGCCGGGCCCUGGGGCCGGGAGAGCUGCUGGAGAGGGGUGGGCAGGAUGCUGAGCAUUUCUGGGCACCAUCUGGGCACUGCUGGGCACCAUCAAUCACCCUGUGCCACCAGAGCCAAGGAGCACCGGGGCCUUGGAUUGGGGUGUCCUCAUCCUGCAGCCCUCGGUGCUUCAGCCGUAUCUUUGUGUGGGUAAUCCGUAAUCCCAGCACCAGUUUUGGUGUCUGAGGCCUCUGUGACAAGGGCUGUGCUGGUGGCAGCAGCAGGACCAGGCAGCAUCAGGGCUGCUGGCCCACCAUGGGGUCAAUGGCCCACCACAGGGAUAUGGUGGCCCACCACGGGGACAUGGUUGCUAACCACAGGGACAUGGUGGCCCCACCACAGGGACAGCGUGGCCAGCUGUGGUGACAGGGUGGCCUGCCAUGGGGACAGGGUGGUCCCUCAUGGCCCGAUGUCCUGUACCCACAGCUCACAGUGUUUGUGAGCUGUGAGUUUGUCCUGUACCCACAGCACACAGUGUUUGUGAGCUGUGAGUUUGUCCUGUACCCACAGCUCACAGUGUGUUUGUGAGCUGUGAGUUUGUCCUGUGGUGAACCCAGGGUUCAGCAGCUCAGAGAUGCUGCUGUGGUGGGGAUGACUCCCUGUACUGCAGUUCUGCAGCUUCUGCUCCGCCUCGCACAGAGGAAGCGCCGACCACAGCAGGGCUGCUGUGGGGCUGGUGCAGGGUUGGAAGAGUUGGAACAAGGCCCCUUCUCAGCACCUUUGCUCCCCACCAGCUGCAACCAGAGAGAAGAACAAGGAGGGCGAGGACAGAGAACCCCUUGGGUGAGUGCUGGGCUGGAGGAGAGGGAAGCGCAGGGAUGUGCCUGGGCCAGGGCAUGCCACGAGCAGGAAGCGCUUCGUGCUCCUCUCUUCUCAGCGCUGGUCCGGGCCGCAGCCCCAGCCGUGUUUCUGCCUCCUCUCGCCAGAGCUCGCAGCACCAGCGAGGAUGGACCCGACCAAGCUCCCACUCACCAAGAGGAUGGCUCCUGCUCCCCCCGUUCCUGCCAAGACCAAACCAGCCCCCGUGCUGGCCACCAAGCCCAGUGACCCCCAGCCCAGCGCCUCAGCUGACAUGGAGUGGGGCAGAGCCGGUGACCCAGAUGCCGAUGGCUUCAACACGGUGUCAGUGACCACAGCCAGGCUGAGCCACCCCACAGCCACACGGCCACGAGUCCCCGGCCAGCGGCCACCCAGCAUGGUCCUGGGGAGCACGGGGGGUGCCCAUGGGGGGGAGCAGCCCCAGGGGCUGCCCCGUGCUGCCCCCUGUGCCCCUGUCCCCAGCACGAGGCAGGCGCCUGUCCCAGCAAGGAGCACAGAGGGGCUGGAGGGGAAGUCACUGGCCCUGGAGGAUCUGAAGGCUGAGGUCCGGACCCUGCACAUCCUCGUGGACCUGAUGCGAGUCCAGCACCUGUGAGUGGGGAUGGGGGUGCCGGGGGGUCCCCAGUGGCUCCGGGCUGCCUGUCCUGGCCCCAGCUGAGCCCCCCUGGCGUGUUGCAGGCGGGACCUGCAGGAGCUGCGGCAGGAGCUGUGCCAGGAGCGGGCUCAGCGCCAGGCGCUGCAGGUGAGUCCCUGACAGGGCUGGCUUUGUCCUGGGGUCCCCUGUGCCCCCCAACAAUCACAGCCUCUCCCCACAGGCGGAGAUCGAGCGGGUGAGGAAGGGGCUGCCCUGUUAGGAUGGGGGGCAGGUGGGUGGCACAUGGUUCCUGCGCCCCCCCAGCCUGGUUCUACGCCCAUCGGACACCAAAGCCCACCCCACACCCAGGCACUGCUCCCUGAAACACAACAGCCCCAUGAACUACAGAAAUAGUUUAAAAUAAACUGUUUUGGGUACAAAGUGCUGUGUGGAGGUUGCUCAGGGCUGCCAUGCCUCUGAAGGGUUGGGCUGGUCCCGCCAGGCACAAGGGGUCCCACCAUGGCCCAAGGGGUCCCACCAUGGCCCAAGGGGUCCCUCCAGAGCCCGGGGCAGGGCCUCCUCCUCCUCCCCUUCCUCCUCCUCCACCCCCGCACAGUUUCC